CGAUAACAUGGCCGAAAACGAGCGGAUCGAAUCGGAGCGGCGGGCCUCUGAGGCCCGCCGCUCGUCGGGCCUGUACGUGGACGACAGUUGGCGGACGGCGUGCAGCUCGGACCGCUUCUCGGAUGCCGAAGCCGCGAACGAGCUGAGGAUGAUUGACGAGCUCCAAAAGGAUCGCUCGAGAGCGAUCACCACUCCCGAUAAAGGCCCGAGUGAAGCCAAUGUGGGCGCGCUCGACCGGGCGCGCGCCACGGCAGCUCAAGGACAUUCGUCAGGAAUAUCCCGGAUCUGAAGAGACGCGUUUCCGCUUCCGCCCUGUUCCUGACUUUAGUCGAAGCAUGUAGCAGCCAGACAGCUCCCCAAACUCUAGACUUGAGUUGUGUCCGACUUGUGUGAUGCCUCCAUGCGUUUUCCUGCGACCCGCGUCCGAUGACGACGACGCCCUA